GACACUCGCUCACACCUUAUCUCCUGUGAUGCACGCACAACUGUGUUGCACUAUCCAUAGUAUCUCAGAGACAGACUGUCACGAAGCGAGAUGGAGAAAACAGACGUUUGGAGCUGGUUGCCUACCAGUUAUGCAGUACAACAGAACGCUUGGCCCGCUUUGUUCUCAGAGGAGACAAAAAGAUGACAAACAAUAACCUGAAUAAGCUUUUGGCUUUUUGUGUAUUAUUUUGCGCUCAGAAAACGUCCAUUGUGCAUGGUGCACAAGCUUUGGAAACUAAAGUGGCUCUGCUGCUCCACGCUGAGCCAGAGAUUCCAAAGUGCUUUGCUGAAGGGUUGUCGGACCUCACCUGCUUCUGGGAGGAGGAUGAGGAAAGGGCUGGCUCUGCUGACCAAUACUCAUUCAGAUACACAUACCAGAAUGAGAACAGUAGUGAGUGUGCCGUAACUGCCCUACCAGCAGCAGGGGGCAAGAGGCUGUAUUUUUGCAGGUUGUCCCAGACUCCAUUUUUUGUGCCCCUUGACAUCCGGGUGUUUCGGGACGACCUGCUGAUCCACAACCGCAGUCUCUUCAUUGAACUUGUCUUCCUGUUAGACCCGCCUGCCAAUCUGACAUUGACGAGUACAGGGACGCAGGGGCAGCUGAAGGCCAGCUGGCUGCCUCCCUCUCUCAAGUACAUGGGRGACAGCAUGAUGUACGAGGUCAGCUACGCCAUGGCAGGGAGCCACAUUGGAAAGGUGGAGAAGGUGCAAGCCAGCUCUGAGCUCAUCUUGCAUGGUCUGCAGUCAGGCACUAAGUACAAGGUGCGCAUUCGUGUCAAACUGGACGGCAUCAGCUACAGUGGCUACUGGAGCGCCUGGACUGACCCGGUACUGAUGGAAACAAUGCCUAGUGACUUGGACCCUCUCAUCGUGUCCCUGAGUCUCAUCAUCUCUCUCGUCCUCACCCUGCUGUCUCUCAUUGUGCUCAUGUCUCAUCGCAGGUUCCUGUUGAAGAAGAUCUGGCCAAUCAUUCCCACCCCUGAAAGCAAGUUCCAAGGCCUCUUUAAGGUUUAUGGUGGUGACUUUCAGGAGUGGUUGGGCCACAGCASUGGAGGCUUAUGGUUGAGGCCAGCCUACUUCUACUCCGAGGAAUUCCCUGRYCCACUAGAGGUGCUCUCKGAGGUUAGCCUUGGUCRCGCCUUACCCAGCUCCGCUUUGCCGCCCAAGGCCUCAGAGGCACUUGGUGAGGAGGAGGAUGAAGACAAGAAGCUAAAGAGGGUGGAUUCUGCAUUGAUGGAGGGGUGGAGAGAAACCCCCCAGGAGCACUGYCRGAUGGARCAGCUCCGGGCUAUUCAUCAGCACCCUGCACCCRGGACCCAGUCUUCUCUACUGGAGUCRCAUGAUGCCUARGUCACCCUCAAUGCUCAGAACCACAGUGSGGAGGAGRCMCUGGACGACAUAUUGGAGGAAACCUUGCCCCUGCAGGUUCUCUUUGCCUCUGGAAGGACAUCCUCUGAAUCUCGAUCAGACUUGGGCUCCUUCCAACAGAGCUCAGGAUCGGGCRGCCUCUCGUCCCAGUCCAGUUUUGAGUACCCAAACCACACCUGGCCGCCCAAGGGCCCCGGGUACACCUACAUGGCAGUGGCCGACUCAGGCGUCUCCAUGGAUUACAGUCCGAUGAGCUCGAAUAAGAUCGAUGACAUUGGGAAGGGAGUUAUCUAUACCAAUGAGUACAAGAACGAGAUCCCUGCACACAGAAGACCCAUAGGUACMCCCAUCCACUUUGCAUUCUGAAUUAAGGCUAAGCUAUGUUACAGGCUAUGAACUGAGGCUUAAAGGUCCAAUGAAGCUGAAAAACAGUUGGGAUGUUUGGCCAAGGCUUCUARAUUGACUCCAUCUUCUUGUCAGUGGAAUG